AUGGGAGUGGGCACAGGAAAUGAAGGUGAAUCCCAGGAGGAGGAGGAGGAGGAGGAGGAGGAGGAGGAGGAAGAGCAAGUCAACGAGAAAGGCACCAGGGAGAAGAACGAUGGAAACGAAGUCAUAGAGGAAGGAACAAAUGCACCACUGGACUUGGAUCCAAAUGAGGUGAUCGGAGCAGAUGAUGAAACCUUACCCUACGCAGAGGAAGAUUGGCAGGAUCCCGAACAGAUGGAGGUUCCCAAGAAUUUGGAACCAGAUCUUCCGUUCACGAUGCACACUCGUCAGAGUGACGGGACAAGACCCAGAAAGAAAUAUAAUCCUUACGGUGACGACUUUGUAGUGGAUAGGAUAGAUCUGAAGAAGAUAGUGGAAGAAGUAGUGGGUCUAGAAGAGAUAACUGUGACACAAGACAUCGACAUAGUCGAUGAUCACCACCAGGAAAGGAUCGAGGACAGGUCGAAACCCGACGUAGAAUUCGACGAGGAGCAAUUGGAGUCCUACGAAGAAGAUCUCACAAAUCUGCGAGUCUUGGAGUGGCUGAACGAAAUGACAUCAGACCCUAAAGAGACCGGCGUCACGAAUCAAGACGUAGAUCGUGAAAGCAUGAAAUACAUCAAGACCGAACGAGAUGAUCCUUCCUGGGCUGCCUAG